AUGCUUUCCCGCUUCCCUAUCCUCCUUGCUUUGAUCGCGCCAACAUCAGCCUUCAGUCUCUGGCCGCGUCAAACCAGCAGCUGCCCUGCCGUAUGGACAGAUGUUGCCAAAGAACUCCAGAGCACCUUUUCGACAUGCGGCAGAGCGGCACAUGGAGCUAUUCGCGCUCCAUUCCAUGAUUGCAUAAACAACGGCUGCGACGGAAGUCUUAUUUUGACCGACGAAUGUAGUCGCUCUGAGAACGGUGGCUUGAGCUUCAUCUGCGAAACACUCUUGGACCUGACCAACAAGUACAAAGUGAGCGCAGCCGACAUGAUACAGUUUGCCGCUGCAUACGCGAUUUCUGCAUGCCCACUGGGACCAAACGUCAAGGCACUGGUGGGAAGAACCGAUAGCUCUGUCGCCGCUCCCUUGAACUCGAUGCCCAGUAGCAAAGACUCUGUUGACAGUAUCUUGGCUGCAUUCAGCGCACGGGGCUUCUCUUCUGAUGAUGUUGUUGCCCUGCUAGGCACUCAUUCCGUUGCAAUCCAAGUUGUGACGGACCCCAACAACGUUGGCCAGCCGCUCGAUUCUACGCCGGCUGUAUGCGACACCAAAUACUACGUCGAGACACAGUCUGGAACCGCACCAUCCAGCCUGGAUAGCGACUUACGGAUGGCCAAUGACACUCAGACUGCUAAGACUUGGACGGACUUUGGCAACAGCCAAGAUCUUUGGGCUGCCAAAUUUGUUGAUGCAUGGAACCGCUUUGCUGUCAUUGGCAACGAUGUCGACAGCCUACAAGAUUGCUCGAGUCUGAUCCCGACUGACUCUGCGAAGAAGAGGUGGGCAAUGAGCAUGCCGAUGGUCAGCUCAAUGGACACGGCAACGGCCAAGCUAGCAGUCGACCUCCAGCUCGAGGACAUCAACGACCUGCUCGACGGUCUUUACAAUGAGGAAGAGAUCCCCCACGGCGACUCACGCUCCAGCUUCCUCGUCCUCCGUUACAACCUUCAACGACAGCUGCAGGUCCUGGAGGGUCAGAUACUGACGCUUAAGAUCCUGAGAGAAGAGCACGACAACCGCAUUGCAUUCUCCAGACUAUUGGAAGAAGAACGACAGGCUGUUACCGACCAUCAACUCGCCGUGGAGCUGGCAGGAGUGACUAUCGAGGACCCCCACGAUGAGCGUUCAGACGACUACGAGACAAGCCUCUGCAAUGCGUCUGGCCUGGACAAAGACGAGCAAUGGGAUAUGUUUGCCGUCACGGAUGGUGAAGUGAAGGCGGCCACCAGGUCCGAGAUCCUUGGAACGAAGACGCUCGUCAAGUGCUGCGCUUGCAUAGACGUAGUCGCCACCAAGAACACUCUUACAAUCAAGUGCAAGCCAGAUGCUCAUUCAUACUGCCGCAAGUGUCUCGUCGACUUAUUCCAGAGCGCCAUCGACAACCCCACCCUCUUCCCUCCUUGA